CAAACAUAGAUUUUUGAAAAAAAUAUCUGGCAUCCUUGACGGUCACUGAUGGCUUGUCGAUGUUGCAAAUAUAAAUACAUCAAUAUUCGUAUUCAUAAAUGGACAAAAAUGCAUGUCAUAUUCAUAUAGAUUAAAGUUGUAUUUGACGAAAUGAAAUAGGAACUACUGUAUAUAGCAAAAUGGAUUCGUUUUUUGGUUUCGACACAACUUCACCAGGAUCGGAUGAUGGAGAUGAUUUCCGUAGAAAAGGAAUGAACAGUUCCAGAAACCCUGAUUCUGAUAAUGAGUAUGAUGCUUUGAAUGAUGAGACCUUUGGGAAUCCAGACAAGGGUGACUGGGAAAAUGUUCACGAAUCGUUUGUACGACUUGAGCGAAGUAAGGUUUCGCAUUCGGACGCCUUGGAAGAUGGAAAGGAUACGUUGUUCGAUGAGGAUGACGGACUAGAUUUACAUUUGUCGCAAUUUGAUUUCGUAGAUGAUGAGGACUAUAGUACAAGCACUAUUGGUGACUUGAGUUUAACCGAUGACAACUGCAAUAAAAUGCGUUUGAAACCACAUAUCUGGAACAGUCCAUCGAAAAAAACUUUAAUUCAUCAGGUUAAUAAAGGUAUUUCAAUUGGGCAUGAAAAAAUGAUAUCUGUAGAAGACAUCGAGAGAAACAUAAUCCAAAAACAACAAUUAGAAUGCUGGAAAACAGAACACCAGCAACAAAAAUUAGUUCAACGGAACCAAAUGAAGACGGAAAUCAAAAGACAUGUAGUCAAUUCAGUGGCAAAUAUACCACUGCAGUCAGUCGUACCUCCUGCACAGUUGCUUGCAAUUAGGAGCCCAAUGUUUCCGCCUCCACCUUCGUUGAAUCAACAAUCGCGAUUACCGAUUGGGUUUCUACCGUACAAUUUUUUACCAUCACGGUAUAAUACUCCAAUAAGUAACCUUGCAAUGCACCCUAGGAUUUCAACUGCUCAUCAGUUUGGUUUUUAUCCUCAUCCGUGCGUUUUAUUACCCGUUAGACAACCCUUGAAUCAAAAUAGCCAGAAUAAUCACUUCAACAAUCGCCUUGUACAGGAAAUUCAACAAAACCAUCCAAUGCUUUCGUUGAACUAUCGAAAACAUCAUACUGCUCAAAAACGGUACAACACACCGAAAGGACCAGAUUACGACGAAUAUGCAAACCUGAUGACGCAACGAGAAAAGCAAUGGCUUAUUGGAAUACAACUUACUCAACUUAACUCGGAAAUGCCAUACAUAAACGAUUAUUAUUUCACUGUUUUCAAGGAGAGAUUGGAUGCGCUGAAAGGUGAUAACGAUAGUCAAGCAUACAACGACAACCGGUUAAAUCAUCCGUUUACUCAGCAUAAAGGACAGAGUCAGUUGCUGCUAAGGUCUACGUUGGCAAGAAAUUGGGGCAUAUUGAAAUCUAAACUGAUUGUUAAUCGUCAACGCAAGAGUUCCGAAACUAAAAACAACAAUGAUCAAAACGACCAACCACGAACAUAUACUCCAUUACAGUUCGAGAAUUCUCUUGGAAAACUACAAUGCGGAAGCGUGACUGCUCCACGGAAAAUUAUUGAUAUGGAUGUAGUAGGAAAUGAGUCUACGAAUCAGGGUAAUACUAUUUUGGAAGUAUCAAUGCAGAGAAAGUCGCGCCACAUUCUGUUACACAUCGAGACUAUGUUUAAAAUAGUUCUUAAAAUGGAAGAUUUAAGAAAUCCAGCUGCCAUAGUAGCUGCAUUGCAGACAAAAGAAAUGAGUGAGACAGUUUUUUCGAGUAUGGAUGAUAACUAUAAGUCAUCAUCAUGUUCGUCUAUCCCGGAGCCUGAAACUUUUGACGAACUACUGGUUUUGCUGACCGCUGGAUUAACCCGAGAUAAGUUAACGUCGAUUAUGGGAGUACGGAAGGGUAAAAUUCUUCUUCGGCGAAUUUUCACUCUAUUGCGCGAGCAUCCCUGUCGUUGGACCUUCUGGUCUGCUAUGUUUUUGACGAUUCCGUUGCUGACAAAAAAGGAUCGUGACGACCAAGAAGGCGUUCUGUUUGCUUUGUACACAGAAUUCGAGCGUCACGUGCAGUACAGUCAAUUAAUGGAUCUCCUCGAAGUGUCACAGGUUAUCACGGGGGACAAAGUUUUGUCUUAUUUAACAAGCUGUAAAUUUCUGCUCUCUUCUAUCAUCACCAUUAUCUUUCAAAUGGAAACGUUUUUCGAUAAAAUACCGAGCAGUGUCGAAACCAACCAAAAACACCAGUGGAUUCAAUGUUUGGAAUUGAUCACCGAUACAGCAAGGAAUCUACUUAACAAUGUCACACGGAGCCCGAACCCUCAGCACACGAUUAAAAUCGAUCGCGAUAACAUCAUUCUACACACGAUCCGAUCACAUUUCGAAAGAUUUCCACAGCGAGUGAAGGGAAAUGAUUUUCUCGGGUUCAUUACAGCGGAUUCUUCCGUGGUUUGAUGAUGCAGUUUGAUUUAAUAAGGUCAAGUUACCGUAGCAAAAAUAUUAUUUACUAGUCAAAUAUGCGCACGCUAGAAGCUAACUGCCACAGAGGCUUUUCCUUUGUUUUCUUGUCUUACUGCAAGACAAACAUGUAGUUAUUUUCGUUAUAUGAAACAUGUACCCUUUUAUGAUUAAUCAACUUUCAACUUUUGUAUACAUCUAACAGAAAAUGGAAACCGAACGCAUGAAUAUGUAUAUAAUUCAAAACUCAUACGAUGGAUAGUCGUCUGUUUCGAGCUACAUCAAAGUUUCGACUCGAACACAAUUUGUAUGAAACAAACAUUUUCUAACAACAACCAGGAUCCAGAAGCCAAAUAAGUAAAUUAGAAUUCCGUUAUUUAACUGAUUCUUUUUUUUUGUUUAUCAUCCUUCAUUUCUCAAUUGCUACUUGAGCGCUAUCUAGCGGGACUACUUUAAAAGACCGAAACAGAUAAGGCAGAAUCACAAAAAGCCGACAGUUCCUUGAAAGCAAAUCUGUAAUCCAGCCGAUUGCCUGUUAUUGUUAAUAUGUGUAAAAUGAGUGAUGUGUUUCGUGUGAUAAAAUUGAGCAAUGUUUGCUUUAAAAUGAAUUAUUACGUAUAAAAUAAUUGAUAUAAAUUCAUGUAGUUUUUUCGUUUUUUUUACUGUGACAUUGGAACUGAUUUCAGCUUUAUGUUUUAGGUCUGAACAAUUUUUCAUAUUUAGACCUUCUGCAACUAUAAAGUUUUAAACACUUUAUUAUUUCCAAUUCUUUCUGUUGUUCUUAUGCAGUCUCAAUAUUCCGUACACUAUACACUACAUUCCGAAAAGUUGCUUAUUGUGGUACAAUGGGCGUGAUCAUCUAUUCUAAUAUUAUACAAUACUUUUUUUCAUUUAUUUAUAUAUAGAAUAUAUAACGAUUUGUUAAUUGAAUUCACCCCUCAAAAGAUCAGCUUUUCGAAACUAACACCAAUAAUUUAAGUAAAUCUUUUUUAAAUAGUUUUUCGUUAGGAAAACAUAUAGUUCAGAAAGUAUUUGAAACAGUAUAAAACACGUUUGAAUACUAUAUGGAAGUGGGCAAUUGAGCAUUGUAUAUAUGGAAAUAAUUUUACUUAUCAUAGCUAGAAUCGACGCGGAAAAAUGAAUACUUGGAAUAAGAUUCAAAUUGCUCUGCCUGUUAUGUUAGGUCGUUCUCAUUUUUCGCUUCUACCAGUACUAAACACUGCAAAUAAAAUAUGUGUAUGCUAUAAGCAAAUGUUCGAAAAUGUUUACUUGAUUAUUUUAUAUCAUAGAUGCUCGUGAUAGUUGUGUCUUUUAGUAGUGUUUUGCACAGUUAAAGUAUGUCGCGUUUGUUCAAAUAUUGUAAAUACAUAGGUGAGGAAAAAAACAUCUAGUGGAGCAUUUUCGAGCUCAAUAAAAAAUGUGUAGCCUUACUUUAAAAAACAAAACCAAAUUUUUGAAAUUGUUCAAAAAAUUGCUUCAUCAAGAGAAAACGCUUUAUAGUGAUAAUGCAUCAAUUAUAAAGAUUCGACUAUAAGAGUUUCCUGUUCAAUUAAAUGUGACUUAUUAAUGUUUGUUUGAAACUAACAGCGAAAAUUAUCUUUCAUCUCUCUGGAUCGAAAUAUAUUUUUCUUUUUUCGUGUAA